UUGCCAUGCUAACGCUCGAGCGUGCAUCGUGGCAGGAAGCGUACGUGACCAUCAUGGAGUACAUCGCCGGCUUGGACCUGAUGCGCGUUGUGACCAAGGAGGAGUUCUUGGAGAUCGAGGCCGUGCGCAUCAUCAUGGCGCAACUGAUCCUCGCGCUUGAGCACAUGCACUUGCGCGGAUUUCUCCACCGGGAUAUCAAGGUGUCCAAGCCGCGCUGCCGACUGGUGGUCGACGGGCGUCGUCAUGUACAAGCUGAUGACCGGCCGGGUGCCGUUCCGAGGAAAGUCCAAGCAGCUGCUUCGCGAACGCAUCAUCACGUCGCCGCUGAAGUGGCCGCGUGCCGACGAGCAUCCACACUCGGCCACGACGCCGGCCAAGGACCUGACGUACCGACUGCUCAAGAAGAACCCCGUGGAACGGCUCGGCUCGCGCAACUACAGCGACUUGAAGACGCACCCUUUCUUCGACAAGUUCAACUGGCAGGUGCUUUACGGCAAGACGAACUUGUGCGACAUAGCGAGCAUCGCCGAAAUCAUGAACAGCGACGCCGAAAAAGACCGCAAGAGUGGGGACCCCGAGGACAAGCGCAAGCACCAGCAGGUCGAGGAAAUGACCGACGUCAACGCCGAAACCCAGAAACCAUUGCUGUGCUACGCUUCGCCUAGCUUCAAGAAACUCAUGAUCAAGGUAAAGUCAAGCAGGAGCCCUAUCAAGGUGUCUGAUUCCUUCAUGGAGACCAGCGGUCAGAGCUCCGAAGCCAUCGACUAUCAGGCGAACUCUCCCAUGUCCACGAGCAGAACUACAGCUAUGAGCAGCCCGGAAGGCAAAGACGGCGUGCACACCGAGAAGGUGGAUCUCAUGCUUUACCGGAGGAAGAAGUACACGAAGUUCUGGGGCUUUGGCUUCUCGCUGCGUCGGGCCCAGGGAGAGGAAGCGAGCUUCACCUACGUGGACACGGUGACCAAGGGCUCGCCUGCCGACAUGUCCAAGGUGCUGCCGCUGGACUUCAUUCUUCACGUGAACGGUAUCGCGGUGACGCAUGCGCCGCUGGCCCGGAUCAAGAAGAUCAUCAGCGAUGCCGGCGACCAGAUGGUCCUGUCGGUGAUGUCGUUGAGUCCCUACCGGCUGCUCACGAGCCGUCGAGACAUGCUGGGCAUCAUGCGCAGCAUCCCCCGGGAAUCCGCCGUCGUUAAGGCCGCGACGCCCGGCUGCUUCGGUGGGAGGCCGUACGGCAUCGACAUCAUCGACGUCGACGUCGCAGACGACAAGCUGAAGCAGUUGGCCAAGUGCUUCGUGCUACUGGUUAUUUCCGGAUACUUCUAGGAAGGAACGACUGCGGCAUCGAAGCAAGCAUUGUCGCCUGAAUUCCUAAGUUGUGGGCAGUGACAUU